CUGUUUACUUUUAGGAUGUCUCGCCGCAAGCAAGCUAAACCAAGAGCACUCAAAGUAGAAGAAAAUGAAUCUGAAGACCAGGGACAGUCAGCUGUGCGGACAGAUCUGAACUGUAAGCUAGAAGACAAGGCAGAAGAUGGAGAGUUGAUAGACUGUAAGAAAAGGCCAGAAGAAGGGGAGGAGUUAGAAGAAGAAGCUGUGCACAGCUGUGACAGCUGCCUCCAGGUGUUUGAGUCACUGAGUGAUAUCACAGAGCACAAGAUUAAUCAAUGUCAACUGACAGAUGGAGUAGACAUUGAAGAUGAUCCCUCCUGCUCAUGGCCAGCUUCUUCGCCUUCCAGCAAAGACCAGACUUCCCCAAGCCAUGGAGAUGGUUGUGACUUUGGUGAGGAAGAAGGCGGACCAGGAUUGCCCUACCCAUGCCAGUUCUGUGACAAGUCAUUUAGCCGCCUCAGCUAUUUAAAGCACCACGAGCAAAGUCACAGUGACAAGCUCCCUUUCAAAUGCACAUAUUGCAGCCGUCUCUUCAAACACAAGCGGAGCCGAGAUCGCCACAUCAAGCUUCACACGGGAGAUAAGAAGUACCACUGCAGUGAAUGUGACGCAGCAUUUUCCAGAAGUGAUCACCUUAAAAUUCACUUAAAGACUCAUACCUCUAACAAGCCAUAUAAAUGUGCCAUUUGCCGGCGUGGAUUCCUCUCUUCUAGUUCACUCCAUGGACACAUGCAAGUUCAUGAGAGGAACAAAGAUGGUUCUCAGUCUGCCUCCCGGAUGGAGGAGUGGAAGAUGAAAGACACUCAGAAGUGCAGUCAGUGUGAAGAAGGCUUUGACUUUCCUGAAGAUCUUCAGAAGCACAUAGCAGAAUGUCACCCAGAGUGUUCUCCGAAUGAAGACCGAGCUGCUCUUCAGUGUGUUUACUGCCACGAACUCUUUGUAGAGGAAAGUUCACUUGUGAAUCACAUGGAGCAGGCUCAUAAUGGAGCAGAAAAGAAACAUAUGUGCAGUAUUUGCUCAGAAAAUUUUCAUAAUGUUGAAGAGCUGUAUAGCCACAUGGAUAGUCACCAGCAACCAGAAUCAUGCAACCACAGCAACAGCCCCUCUUUAGUGACUGUUGGCUACACCUCAGUAUCUAGCACCACACCAGAUUCAAACCUCUCAGUGGACAGCUCAACUAUGGUAGAAACAGCUCCACCAAUAACAAAAGGCCGUGGAAGAAAACGGGCAGCCCAGCAAGUGGCAGAUAUCACUGGGCCUUCAAGCAAGCAAGCCAAGGUUACCUACAGUUGCAUUUACUGCAACAAACAGUUAUUUUCCAGCCUUGCUGUACUGCAAAUACACCUGAAAACUAUGCAUUUAGAUAAACCUGAACAAGCCCAUAUUUGUCAGUAUUGCUUAGAAGUGUUACCUUCACUUUACAAUCUGAAUGAGCAUCUUAAGCAAAUACAUGAAGCUCCCGAUCCUGCACUGAUUGUAUCUGCUAUGCCUGCUAUGAUCUACCAGUGUAACUUUUGCUCAGAAGUUUUCAAUGACCUCAACACUCUUCAGGAACAUAUUCGAUGUACUCACGGAUUUGCAAAUCCAGCUGCUAAGGACAGUAAUGCAUUCUUUUGUCCUCAUUGUUACAUGGGGUUUCUUACUGAUUCUUCUUUGGAAGAGCAUAUUAGACAAGUACAUUGUGAUCUCAGUAGUUCCCGUUUUGGUUCCCCUGUACUAGGUACCCCCAAGGACCCAGUUGUGGAAGUAUAUUCUUGUUCUUACUGUACCAAUUCUCCAAUAUUUAAUAGUGUUCUUAAACUGAAUAAGCAUAUAAAGGAGAACCAUAAGAACAUUCCGUUAGCACUGAACUACAUCCAUAAUGGAAAGAAAUCUAGAGCUAUGAGCCCCUUAUCUCCAGUGACUAUAGAACAGACUUCAUUGAAGAUGAUGCAGGCUGUAGGUGGUGCCCCCUCACGCCCUGCUGGCGAAUACAUUUGCAAUCAAUGUGGUGCUAAAUACACUUCCCUGGAUGGUUUUCAGACUCAUUUAAAAACCCAUCUUGACACUGUUCUACCGAAACUGACCUGUCCUCAGUGCAACAAGGAGUUUCCCAACCAAGAGUCCCUGCUGAAGCAUGUGACAAUUCAUUUCAUGAUAACCUCCACAUACUACAUAUGCGAAAGCUGCGAUAAACAGUUUACUUCGGUGGAUGAUCUGCAGAAGCAUUUGCUUGAUAUGCACACCUUUGUGUUCUUUCGCUGCACUUUGUGCCAAGAGGUGUUUGAUUCUAAAGUCUCCAUUCAGCUUCACCUGGCAGUGAAGCACAGCAAUGAAAAGAAGGUGUACAGGUGUACAUCCUGUAACUGGGAUUUCCGCAAUGAGACAGACCUGCAGCUUCAUGUUAAACACAAUCAUCUAGAGAACCAAGGAAAGGUGCACAAGUGUAUUUUUUGUGGCGAGUCUUUUGGUACUGAGGUAGAACUCCAGUGCCACAUUACAACACACAGCAAAAAAUACAAUUGCAAGUUUUGUAGCAAAGCAUUUCAUGCUAUAAUAUUGCUGGAAAAACACCUGAGGGAAAAGCAUUGUGUUUUUGAAACAAAAGCUCCCAAUUGUGGAACCAACGGAGCAUCUGAGCCAGUUCAAAAAGAAGAAGUAGAACUACAGACCUUGCUGACAAACAGCCAGGAAUCGCACAAUAGCCAUGAUGGCAGUGAAGAAGAUGUCGAUACCUCUGAGCCUAUGUAUGGUUGUGAUAUUUGUGGGGCAGCCUAUACAAUGGAGUCUCUUCUGCAAAACCACCAGCUUCGGGAUCACAACAUCCGACCUGGGGAAAGUGCCAUUGUUAAGAAAAAGGCAGAACUCAUUAAAGGGAACUACAAGUGUAAUGUGUGCUCUCGGACGUUCUUCUCAGAAAAUGGACUCCGUGAACACAUGCAGACUCACUUGGGUCCAGUGAAACACUAUAUGUGUCCUAUAUGUGGUGAGAGAUUUCCAUCUCUUCUGACUCUCACUGAACAUAAAGUCACACAUAGUAAGAGCCUAGAUACAGGGAACUGCAGAAUCUGCAAAAUGCCUCUCCAGAGUGAGGAAGAUUUUUUGGAGCAUUGUCAGAUGCACCCUGAUUUACGAAACUCCUUAACGGGGUUCCGUUGUGUGGUAUGCAUGCAAACAGUGACUUCUACUUUGGAGCUGAAGAUCCAUGGGACUUUCCAUAUGCAAAAGACGGGCAAUAGUUCCACGGUGCAGACCACAGGGCGAGUGCAGCAUCUUCAGAAACUAUACAAAUGUGCUUCUUGCCUGAAGGAAUUUCGUUCAAAACAGGACUUGGUGAAACUUGACAUCAAUGGCUUACCAUAUGGUCUGUGCGCUGCCUGUGUUAAUCUCAGUAAAAGUGGUAGUCCAAGUGUCAACAUCCCUUCGAGCAGUAAUAGACAAGGCAUGGGCCAGAAUGAGAACUUGAGUUCCACUGAGAACAAAAGCAAAGCAGGAGGGCUGAAGACGCGCUGUUCAAGUUGCAAUGUUAAAUUUGAAUCAGAAAGUGAACUUCAGAACCACAUCCAGUCAGUCCACAGAGAGCUCAUUCCAGACAGCAAUAGUACGCAUCUGAAAACACCACAGGUAUCGCCGAUGCCCAGAAUCAGUCCAUCGCAAUCUGAAGAGAAGAAGACCUACCAGUGUAUCAAGUGCCAGAUGGUUUUCUACAAUGAGUGGGAUAUCCAGGUUCAUGUUGCAAACCACAUGAUUGAACAGGCAGCCAGUUCGGGCAGCAGCAGUAAGAAGAUGCUGGACCUCACCAAAUCUGUUAAGUGAAAGUAUUAAUGUUAGCUAUGAUUUAUAAUAACUAUAACUCCACUUUCGUCUAUGGUACCUUGGAUUGAUGCUUAGUUCACCUCCUGCCAGGUGGCUUGGAUACCUUUCUUUCCCAUCCUAGGAUCUUACUUGUGUUGUCAUAGGCACCAUCCAAUCAAAAUCUAGCUUACCAUUUGUGGGAAGCAUUGCGGAUUCUCACCAAUUAGGCUGAGAGGUUUACAUGCUAAGAAAUAGUAUCCCUCCCUCCCAUAUCACAAGGAAUGUCUAGGUUGUUGUCUGAUUGAUUUGAUGGUGGAUGUACAGUACUCCCAAAUCACUUGGUGAAACUCUUCAUCACACCAUUCUCAUUAUUAUUUCUUUCUGGUACUAUUUUGAGUAAAAGUUGCUGUUUUCAUGAACAUCUCUUUUUGCCUUUCUUUUCAAUCUCUAUUACAUAAUGUUGCUCUUGUAACCUUUUCCCAGCCCGCUCAAUCAAAUGUCUCAGCAAAAAGAAUUGUUAAUUUUUGACAUUUCUUUUAUUUUUCUAAAUAGCUGGCAGUCUUAUUUUAACCUUAAAAAAAAAAAAAAAAAACUUUGGCACACUGCAAACCUACUCUUCAUAUAGGAAUUCUUGAAUGGUUUGGAAUGUUACGUACCUGCAGAUUAGGCAUCAUGUCUCCUCCUUUACUAAUAUCCUCGCCCAUGCCUUGGUCUCUUUUCAAAUAUGACCUUCUAAAAUCUCAGUUUAGCAGUGCCUGUAGUAUAGCACGACUGGGAUGCAGAAGUCUUAGUUGUACUUCUGGAUUUUAUAUUGAUUCAUCCUGUGGCCUUGAACAAGUCUCCUAACUCUUAAUUUUGCAAACGGGAUAAUACUUAACCACAUGGGGUUUUCCCAAGGAGCAAUCAUUUAAUGCAAGAAAAGUACUAUGAAUAUAAAUCAGUGCAAUAAUGGAAUAAAUACUAAAUAUUGAAUUUUUUUAUGGUUGAGCAGGAUUUUGUUCCUUAACCCACAGUUUACUAUAUUUUCUUUAUUACAUCCUUCCAGAAAUGCUAGAAAGCUAAACCAAAAAUCACCAGUUUUGGGAUGAGCCCACAAUAACUAUAGUAUAUCUGCCAAAGCUUACCAGAAUAAUGCAUUGUUUUACAACAAUCAGGAGACACUCCCAUCAUGUGUAUGGAUAUAUAUAUAUAUGAACAAAGGUAACUCUUAAAACCUCCCUUUCAAGCAGAAUGAGGACAAAUUUUCUUCCCCCAAGAAUCUAGUCUUCUGUCAGUAUCAACAGCACUGUAGAUAUAAGAACCAUUCUCUGCAGUUUCAAACAUUCUGUCUGAAAUCCACCAAAUGUUACAUUUUGUCCAAACAUAUCUCCCCUAAGAAUUUCUGUGUUAAGGUUUAAUGUAUCGCUUCUCCCCAUCAAGUUUCUCCAUCCCUUUAAAUAACUAGACCGUUUGAGAACAGAUUGUUGAAAUAUUGUUCAUUUCAUUCUUUGCAUAAGAAAAAUCCUUUAUGAAGCUGUUGUCCUAGGUCAAUACUCAUGAUGGCUGGUGCUGCAAAUCAUGUAGCUUUAAAUAGCAAGCCUGAAUAUUUCUCCACCCCAUCCCCUUUAUAUGCUUUGUUGUAAUGAAGCAACAUCAGUAAAUUGCAUUGAAGGGUGAUGGUUGCAUGGGGAUGACUACUACACCUUGGGGUCCCUUUGUACCAUAUUAUUUUUUAUUGUUGUUAUUACUUCCCAUCUCCUUUAUUCUCUUGAUGCCAAACUUGCUGUAGAACAUCACUGUAACACAAGAGAUCUUCGGGAAUGUUGUGAACAUUUUUGCUUCUCUGCACACCAAUCAGUUUACUUCAAACUUCUGGUAUCCUGUCAUACUUUAUUGAUGUUGCUUUAGCUUUGCUGCCUAUACUCAUAAUAUUAUUCAUCAUAUGUUGUUUAAAAGAAAUGCUUCUGGUAAAACCAUCUCAAUAUAUAGUAGGUAUAAUUAAGCAGAGGGGGAAGUUUCCAUGACUUUCUCUUGAAUUUGGGUUCUAAAUAGAAUCAUUAGUUUAUAAGUAUUUCCUGAUUACUCUUUUUCACUCUUUAGAAAAACUUGUAUUAUAAACACAGUUUAAAUGACACUACAAAC